UUGAUUGCUAAUCAUACAAGUGGACCUCCUUCCCCUACUAGGCGUCCACCUCCUACAAAUUCAGAAGCUCCAGCAAAUGAUCAAUCAGGUGGUACAAAGCCGCCACCACCCCACAGAUCUACGUCUCCAAAUAAAGAUAAGAAUUCUAAUUCAUCUGCUGCCACUACCAAACAAGGAGAGUCCCAAUCCAACGGUUUCCAAAGAUUCAAAAUGGUAAUUGUGGCUGGAAGUGCAGCUAUCGCUAGCAUGGUUCUUCUAGUGGUUCUGUUUUCUAUAUUCUGUUGUAAGAAGAGUAAAAGAGCUUCUGAGGCUCCUAGUUCCACAGUGGUUCAUCCUAAAGACCCAUCAGAUCCUGAAAACAUGGUUAAGAUAGCUGUUUCCAAUAACACCACCGGAAGCUUAUUUAGUAAAACUGCAACAAGCUCUGGGAGUAGUAAUAGCAGUGCAACACAAAACUCUCAUGUCAUUGAGGCUGGAAACUUGGUCAUUUCUGUUCAAGUACUUCGAAAAGGAACCAAGGAUUUUGCCCAAGAAAAUGAGCUUGGCCGUGGUGGGUUUGGGACUGUUUACAAGGGUGAACUGGAGGAUGGUACAAAAGUAGCAGUUAAGAGGAUGGAGGCUGGGGUCAUAAGCAGUAAAGCAUUGGACGAAUUUCAGUCUGAAAUUGCUGUUCUUUCUAAGGUCCGGCAUCGACAUCUGGUUUCUCUUUUGGGUUAUUCCAUUGAAGGUAAUGAGAGGCUUCUUGUCUAUGAGUAUAUGUCUCAGGGUGCUCUAAGCAAGCAUCUGUUCCAUUGGAAGAGCCUGAAAUUGGAACCUCUAUCUUGGAGAAGGAGGCUCAGUAUUGCAUUGGAUGUUGCUAGAGGAAUGGAAUAUCUGCAUAAUUUGGCACGGCAAACUUUUAUACACAGAGAUCUCAAGUCUUCCAACAUUCUUCUAGAUGAAAAUUUUCGAGCAAAAGUUUCAGAUUUUGGGUUGGUGAAACUUGCACCUGAUGGAGAGAAGUCUGUGGUGACUAGACUUGCGGGAACAUUUGGAUACCUAGCACCUGAAUAUGCUGUGAUGGGGAAAAUCACUACUAAAGUUGAUGUCUUCAGCUAUGGGGUGGUGUUGAUGGAACUAGUGACUGGAUUAACAGCACUUGAUGAGGAGCGCUCGGAGGAAAGCCGUUACUUGGCAGAGUGGUUUUGGCGAAUCAAAUCAAGCAAGGAGAAGCUUAUGGCUGCAAUUGAUCCAGCUCUUGAAGUGAAUGAGGAAACUUAUGAGAGCAUUGCCACCAUAGCUGAGCUAGCUGGGCACUGCACUGCAAGGGAGCCAUAUCAUCGGCCUGACAUGGGCCAUGCGGUGAAUGUGCUAGCACCCCUAGUUGAGAAGUGGAAACCAUUUGACGGUGAAUCUGAGUGUUGUUCAGGCAUUGAUUACAGCCAGCCACUUUCCCAAAUGUUGAAGGUUUGGCAGGCAGCAGAAAGCCAAGGCCUGAGCUAUACAAGUUUGAAUGAUAGCAAAGGAAGCAUUCCAGCAAAGCCUACUGGAUUCGCUGAAUCCUUCACAUCUGCUGAUGGUCGAUGAUGGAAGGUAAGCCUACAGCAAGGAAUAAGUUGGUCCAUCUUGUUGCCAGCGAUAUUUUUCAGUGCUCAAGGAAUACAAUGUCAAACAUCUUUGAAUUGUUGCAUGUUGUUUUAAGUAAUUUUACUUUCAUUUUGUUGAGCCGUGGAACAUGGCUUACAUGGUAGUGUAGAUACAGGGAUUCCGGUUUCACUAGUUCUUUCAUUAUUCCUUGCGCUGUGUGUCUGUUAUUUUUUUUAUUGCAGUGUAAAGAAUUGAUUGCAUUUGAAGCAAAGUGAAUUUCAUGUCAAAGAUACUUCUUGAUUGCAGAAGACUUGGCCCUUAAUCUAGUCGAAUGAGAAACAAACAUGUUCAUUUUCUGGUUCCUGCUAGUUUAUGAUUCAG